CUGAUGACGCACAGCUCCAUCACGGCGCACCUUGACCUGUUCAAGCCCGCCAUCGCCUGGCUGCAGGCCAACAAGCCCGACAUCCCCUACAUCCUGUCCGAGAUCGGCAACUCGCUGAACCCAACGCACGACUACGCCUACCAGGCCGUCCUGGGCUCCGCCCUGUGGCAGGUGGACUUCCAGCUGUACGCCCUGAGCAUCGGCGUGGCCCGCUUCAACUUCCAGCAGAUCAUGCACAGCGGGUUCGACCUGUGGCUGCCCCAGGCGUCGGGCACCAGCCAGCCGCAGGUGUUUGCCAGCUACUACGCGCAGCCGUUCGUGACGGACUUUGUAGGCAGCAGCGGCACCGCGCAGGUGGCCGCGCUGGACAUCGAGGACGAGUCCACGGGGAACUGGGCCGGGUACGCGGCGUUCGAGGACGGCGUCCCCGCGCGGCUUGCAUUUGUCAACUUGAAUUACUGGAACAGCUCGAGCUCGACCACGGCCAGGGCCAGCCAGAACAUCACCGUCAGUGUUCCGGAUGGUGUCACGAGCGUGACCGUCGACCUGCUGAGCAGCCCGCUUGGUGCUGGCGGGAGUGCAGACUCCAUCACAUACGCAGGCAGCCAGUGGACCUAUGAGAGCGCUGGGCUGGAGGUCAAGGGGGUGAGGGAUGACUCGCAGGCCUUGGACGUGGUGGAUGGGUCUGUGUCCAUUGAGGUAUAUCAGAGCUCGGCUGUUCUGGUG